UAUUUGACACAUCACUAGUCUAGGUGGAAAAUAUAGGUUAUGUCAGUUUUGUUUACGUGUAAAAUGUUUAAAAAAUGCAUAUAAGUUAAGCUUAUUUGUAUAAUUUAGCUGACAAAGCUAAGAGAUGUGGCUAGUUUGAAGACGAAGUUUUAUUUUAAUAAAAUAAAUGUCCUAAUUAGAAGCUAUAAUGGAGGAUGUUUCAAUGUUAUUUGCCUUGGCCAUUGUAAUGACCAUUGGGUCUUUUUUGUCUGGAGCAAUUCCUCUUUUCUUUACUUUUUCUGAGGACAAGUUGAAAAAAACUACAGUUUUUGGAGCUGGGCUAUUAGUGGGGACAGCUUUAACUGUAAUUAUACCUGAAGGUGUAAGGUCUAUAAUAUCCGAACAGCAAAUAGCUCGAGCUCAAAAUCAGUCAGACACUCACGCACAUAACGAUCCUUUAUCUGUGAUAGGUAUUAGCUUAGUUGUUGGAUUUAUAUUUAUGUUAGUUAUUGACCAAGUAUCUCAGAACAGAAAUGACAAUGUCAACCCUUCUGAAAGAAAAGCAACCGCAACAAUAGGGUUAGUGGUUCAUGCUGCAGCUGAUGGUGUAGCAUUAGGUGCAGCAGCCACGACUAGCCAUACAGAGGUGGAAAUUAUAAUAUUUUUGGCAAUAAUGUUACAUAAAGCACCGGCCGCCUUUGGACUAGUCACUUUUCUAAUGCAUGAAGGCUUAGAGAGACAGAGAAUUAGAAAGCAUUUGCUAAUAUUUUCAUUAGCCGCACCAAUCUUAACAAUAGUAACGUAUUUUGGAAUUGGUCAAAAGCAGAAAGAAACUCUGAAUUCGUUUAACGCGACUGGUAUUGCCAUGCUUUUUUCAGCAGGGACAUUUUUAUAUGUAGCAACGGUACAUGUUUUAGCAGACUUACUGCAUAAAUCACAACAUGAUAGCUCCUAUACUAAACUGCCUCAAGUAGAAUCAGGUAAAACGAACCCAUCGCACUCAGCUGGUGCUCUGUCUUUUACAGAAUUAAUAUAUUUGGUAGUUGGAUGUAUAUGUCCUUUAAUAAUAUCACUAGGACAUCGUGAUUAGUAGUUGUUAGUAGAAUUAAUGAUUAUAAUAAACCGAAGGUUGUUAUACUAAGGAUAAGAGAUGUAUAAUAUGUAAUGAGGAUAAAAAAAAUAUUUAUAAAUUACGUAAAAAACUAUUUUCAAAUUGUCUAAGAGCUAGCAACGUUUUCGAGAAAGUAUUUUAAGACGUCUGGCUCUUUGAUAU